GGGACCAGGCUGUGACUUCAGGCUGACGUGCCGCUCCAGCCCAGCCCAUCCUGCGAUGCAGCGCCGCUGACGCUGUCCGCUCCGCAGUCUGUCGGUGAGAAAACAAGCCUCGCUCCUCCACAGCUGCACAUGCGUUUCACCGAGAACAACACCACCGCCGAUCCCGGAGACGAGAUGUAUCACUCUGACCAUGGUGUAGACUUCCCUGACCUCUCCUUCCAAAUCCCUGGCUGCCCUGCAGAGAGAGGCCCAGCAAACAGAGUGUGAAUACAACUGCCAACACACCUCGUUUCAGCCUCCCCCCCCUCACCCGUACAGGGCCUCGCUCAGCUGCUGCAGCUCCAGUCCCUCCCUCGCUCCUCAUAGGCCAUGGACAGCCCCCCUAAACUGUCUGGUGAGACGCUGAUUGUGCACCACAUUCCCCUGGUGCACUGUCAGGUGUCGAGUAGGCGGCAGGGUGGCUGCGGGAGCUCGAUGAAGAGGACCAACCCUUUUAGCCCACCAGAGAACCUGGGCUUGAGUCGCACCACUUCCCUUCCGGAGAGAGACGUCCUCCAGAGAGAAGCUCUCCUCUACAGCAGCCUGAUCCAGACCUCGAGUGGCUCCUGGUCCUCCCACAAUGGAGGAAGAGAAAGAAAGGGUGGCGGGAGAGGCGGCAGCACAGCCAGCGAUGAUUCAUCAUUUGCCUCGAGCAAUUCGGAGGACCAGCUGAUUACAGCGCACACAUUACCCAGAGCCAAGCCGAGGAACAGGAAUCCAUUCCGUCACAAUCCUUUUCUGCUGAAUACCGAAGAGGACGAGGAUGACGAAGGGGAAGAAGAUGACGGUGACAACCUCAGUGGUUACCUUGAAGACUCUUCCUUUCACCUUCACAGUGACGCUCACUCUGCUCUCAAUGACGGUUUGACUUCCUUCCAUUUGCACGACCUUGGUUUUGCUCAACAGCCCUUCCUCCUUCACAGCUCAGUGGGAGGAAGUAGUGGGGAGUCCCUGAGAGGUGGCGCCUCGGAUCUUUCUAACCACCUAGAAGACCUCGAAAUUUUGGAACUUGCCAGUCAACGGCGCCAUGGAAGCAGUGGCUCCAACAUGUCGAUGGACUGCGGAGAUCAAGAUUGGGGCGAUGACGACGAAGAAGACGAAGAUCAUCCGAUGAGGUGUGGGAGAAGCAGCAAGACGGGCUCCUACUCUUCCAGCUCUUCCACACAGCACUGCUCCUGCUGUACUCUCUCCCAGAAUUACCCUCGGCACUUCCCCGAGGCGUUCUCCGAGCCGUUCUUGGAGUGCCAGCAAGGCUACGGCAGCGACUCCUCCUGCAACAGCUCCGAUGGCGUGCUCGUCAACUUCAGUGCCAUCUACAACAAGAUGAACAACAGCGUCCCAGAGAAGCCACCAGUCUCCGGUCCCACCAACCUCAACAGCUCCACCGACCACUCCUGCACCUCAUCUGCUUCCGAUCUACCAGGAAACCGAGACUCAACUGGAGGGGCUUUCUAUCUGGACCUUCACACUUCUCCAACCGAACCUCCUCUAUCUCAACAACUUGGAAACACAUUCCCUCUCAUCCGUGAACCACGCCUGUCCUCUUCCUCCACCUGUUCCUGCUCAGUGGAGCACCAGGGGGCUCUUGACCUCGAUGCCAACUGCAACUCCUACCACCCUCCUCACGCAGGGUCCUCUGGCGACCUCGCUUCCUGUCUCCAGAGUCAGGCACGACUGGUCGUCGCCACCCAGAACUACUACAAACUGGUCACGUGCGACCUUUCGUCGCAGUCGUCCCCGAGUCCCGCGGGCUCCUCGGUUCACAGUUGCUCAGACGAACACAGCAAAGGCAGCCCCACCCCGACUCAGCCGAGUGAGUACUUCCUCUUCAGGCAGCAAGCUUACGAGGAAGGAGUGGAAGAAGAGGAUGAAGAGGGAGAGACAUCUAGGCAGGAUGAUGAUGAUGAUUAUGAUAAUGACAAUGAUGAGGAUGAGGAGAAGAAGAAGAAUCAGCAGGGAGCUAAAGCUGGUCCUGUGAUUGAAGGCCAGGUGUACGUCAACAUUUCUCCUCCUCUGUCUGGUCGCGGCGUUAUCGGAGCGUCUGCAGGAAGCCGUCCACGUUCUCGCAGCUACGAUCGCAACCUGGACAAGUCUCCGUCUCCACGGCUCGGCUCGCUGGAGCGGAUGCUGAGCUGCCCCGUCCGGCUCAGCGAGGGCGCUGCCGCGACCCCGCCUCCUCCUCCGAGGGUCACCUCCUUCGCAGAGAUAGCUAGAAGCAAACGAAGAAAUGGAGGAGCGGGUGGAUCGCCCUCGGUGAAGGCUGCUUCAGACGCCGUCUCCUCUCACUCGCACUCCUCAGUGGACUUUUCUCCGAUCCUGGAGCAGCGUGUCGAGGCUGACAGUCAGGCCCUGUCGCCUGUACCCUUUACCAGAUGUUACAGUCAAGGCAGCAUAGAGCGACACCUGGAAGGGGGGAGAGAAACCCGGGCCAAGGCAGAAGGUACACCACCUCUUACACUGCACAACAACAGUGUCCACAGCUUCCAGGGUUCUCUCAUCACAACGGCUCCUCCUCCUGGAUCGGUUAGGCCCUCGCCUCUUGGGAGUUACUCCCCGGUCCGACUCCAGGGAGCACCCAGCUCCGGGACCUGCUCCACCUGCACCCCCAGCCCUAAGCCAACGCACAGCCUCUCCUGCCCCCUUUCAGCUGGCCUCGGCCCCCUGCAGACCCCGCCCACGAUAAAACAGGCGGGGGCAUCAGCGCCGUUACCCCCUACUCCUCCUCCUUCAUCGCUGGGGCUGAAGAGAGGGGCGGUGCCACCGACGCUGCCAGCAGUGCAGGGACACUGUUUCCGCCGUGGAGGGCUGCCCGGCUUACCAGCACUUCACAGUGACUCUCUGAGCCCACUGGGCUGCCUCGACUCUGCGAAGCACGAGGAGGGAAACAAAGGGCACGCAGCCAGGACACAUAAUGCACACCACCUCUCUCCUCAGGCUCUCAAAUGGAGGGAGUACCGCCGUCGAAACCCUCUGGGAGUGGAGAGGGUGUCGGGGUGCCAUGCUUCUGCUGGAUUGGGGCCGCGACCUGCCAGACGCAACGUUUUCGAUUUCCCUUCGGUCCCCUCUGGCCACAAGCUGGGACGACUCAAUGUGGGCCAAUCAGCUAAGCUGCAGCAGAGCUACAGCGACUUCCUGUCCGACUACUUUUCCCUGACAGAGAAGCCGCCUGAGGAGUUCUGCCUCUCCCCGGACGCCUCCACCUCCUCCUCUUUGUGCUCGUCCUCGCAGUCUCACAUCUCUGUUGACCUGACGCAGAAGAGAGCUCUGGUGAAAGCCGUGAACACUGCAGUGGAUCUGAUCGUGGCUCACUUCGGCACCAGCAGAGACCCCGAUGUAAAGGCAAAGCUCGGGAACAGCUGGGUGAGUCCCAACGUGGGUCACCUCAUCCUGAAGUAUCUGUGUCCGGCUCUACGUGACGUGCUGCAGGACGGUCUGAAGGCCUACGUGCUGGACCUGAUCAUUGGACAGCGCCGCUGUCAGCCCUGGAGCCUCGUGGAGGCGUCCACACAGCUGGGUGAGAGCGCUGGGUGGAGGGGACAUACCGGGAAGUUGGCGUUAGUAUUGAUCCACCGCAGUGACUCGCUCACUGUAAUGCUGACAAAUAUCAGAAGGCCAAAGAGUCUGAAAUCUUUGGAGUUCUGGUUCAAUCACCUCUACACGCAUGAAGAUAUUAUUGCCGCAUACUACAGCCCUUGGGGUUUCCUUCCCCUGUCACAGGGGCCGUGUCAGCCCCUCUUUGAGGAGCUCCUCCUCCUGCUGCAGCCUCUCUCGCUGCUCCCCUUUGACCUGGACCUGCUGUUUGAACCGCAUCUCCUCCAAAAGGGGCAAGAGCAGCUCCGUCGCAAAGAGCAGCUCUGCUCUGCAGGCCAGAGCGUCGACCAGUCGAAGUGCUCCACCUUCCAGCUCAUGAGGGGGUGGAGCAACACUGUCAGUGAAAUGGUCAAGGACUCAAGCGCAGAGGUGAAGAAAGAGAAGGCGGGGCUCAGGCGAGAGGGCACGUGGCCAAGGAUGGAGGGAGUUGGAUCGAGAAGAGAGGCAGCAGCGGGGAAAUCGAUGCUGAGGAAAGAGGGCGUUACAGCUCAGAGCAUGACAGCUGGGCCUGAUUGCAGAGGGACAGUGAAGGAGGUAGGGUUUGCACAUUUAUGGAAGGAGAGGGGGGUCGAAGGGCAGAGGGUGAAAGGUGUAGGACAGGAGAGCCAUGGAGAAUAUGAAGAUAAAAAGGAGAAGGACAAGAGGAAGGAAAAAGACAGAUUUCCUGCAGAUGAAGGGCGUCAGCGGCAAGACAGGCAGGCCGGCUGGUGGUACCAGCUCAUGCAGUCCUCCCAGGUCUACAUCGACCAAUCCACAGAGGGGACAAAAACUCAAACAACGAUCACCUUCUUCCUGAGGAACGUUUUCCAGUUCACGCUUCUUUACAAAUUUAGUGGGUUUAUAUAUAUUUUUGCUUCACUGCCGUUGAUGCCGCAAAUGACGAAAAGACUGACCUGGACUAACAUCGGCCUUUUAUGUUUUCACGUUGUGUUUGUGUUUCUUAGACCUCCAUCGGGCUGGCUCGGCUUGGAUCGGUCUGUUCUCGACCUUGUAGCUUUGACCAUUGGAGCAGUCCCCGGAAAAAAGGCGGAGCUUCCUACCACACCAACUCGCACCCAAAGUACAGCUCCACCAGCGUCGACGUACCCCGCUGAGGCCAAACUACAGUCCAGCUGUGAAGUACGAGCACUGUGCCACCACAUCGCCACCGAGCCCGGACAGCUGAGCUUCAACAAGGGCGACAUCCUGCGCGUUCUGAGCAAGGCUGACCCCGAUUGGCUGCUCUGUUCCCUGGGCUCCACCCGGGGCUUGGUUCCAAUUGUCUACGUCACCCUCAACAGCAUGGAGGACAGCCAGGAUGCCCCCGGUUUCGGGCAAUGCUGAGCGAGAGAAAACUGUCCGACAGAUGAAGCCAAACAGACAUGGAGGGUAUCCCUCCCGCACACGGACCGAACACAAAAACCUGUUUUUGUCUGUAAUUUAAAGGAAAAAAAGACAAAUCAUUGUAGUGAAGCUGGAGAGGAUGCAGACAUAACUGCGAGGGCAAGCAUGCAGGCAGACAUCUGCUUCAAGGGUACAUCCAGACACGUAUGCAUGCAUACAUCCAAAAAAACAAAAAAGCACCCCACGAAGAUCACAAACAAACCCAAAGACUCUCAAGCGCUUCUUUCUCUGCCUCUCCUUCUAGCUUAGCAAUGUGCAGGUCCAGUCUAUUUAUCAUCCAGCUCUAAUUUCAAAAAAAUAGGAGGCUCUCUCGUGCUGCACACCUGGCUGCACCGUGCUGUGCAGCUGUGCCACACGUUGAACGCGCCACUCAAACGAUCGCCCUCGGUGCCGGCGCAGGUUAGUUCGACGUCCUCUUGUGAACGUAGUGCUAAUAUGAUCUUUGCAUUCAUGUAGAAGUGAGUGAGUCUUUGCUUUUUGGUGAGAUUGAUAUGAAUGUAAGAGCUUUUGGAACUUUUGGAUAAAUGUUCUGUGAUUCAGCAUAUUUUUAUUAUUAUAAUGAGACGGUGGAGCUCGUGUCAGCAGCUGUUCAGACAUUCAAAGUGAAAAGAGAGCAGAAGGAGAAUCAGCUUUUUCUUUUUAUCUGUUUUGUUUGAUCUGCCUUCGUUUAAGCGUGACUGUUGGAUGGAUAGACAGUCAAAGGUCGUGUCCAAAUUCAUG